GUUACUGAGAGCAGCUCAGCACAUCCCUUUAUCAGUCCCCUGCAGGUCUGAGCAGCAGCACCGGCUCCAUGUCCUACUCCACCAACAUGAGGUUCAGGCUCCCCGCUUUGGCCAUCGGGCUGGAGAUCCUUAUUAUUAUUUUAUUUGGAAUAUUCGUCAGAUACGACACCCACAAUCUGACUGAUCCCCAUAAUAAUUCCACCAGUGGAUACAGCCAAUUCCUCAGCCUGUAUCCUCUAUUUCAGGAUGUCCAUGUCAUGAUCUUCGUUGGGUUCGGUUUCCUGAUGACGUUUCUGAAGAGAUACGGGUUCAGCAGUGUUGGGAUCAAUAUGCUCAUCGCCGCCCUGGGGCUUCAGUGGGGAAUUUUAAUGCAAGGAUUCUGGCACCUUCAUGAUGGGAAAAUUGAAGUCGAUAUAUUGAAAAUGAUCAAUGCUGAUUUCAGUACCGCAACUGUCCUGAUCUCAUUCGGUGCUGUUCUGGGGAAGACGAGUCCAGUUCAAAUGCUGUUCAUGGCCAUUAUAGAAAUCGCUGUAUUUGCUUGCAAUGAACAUCUGGCUGGGUAUCUGCAGGCGAGUGACAUUGGUGCUUCCAUGACUAUUCAUACCUUCGGCGCGUAUUUCGGACUGGCAGCUGCAGUGGUUUUAUACCGACCUUCAUUGAAAAACGGCCAUGACAAUGAAGGGUCUGUUUAUCACUCGGACUUGUUUGCUAUGAUCGGAACGCUCUUCCUCUGGAUGUUCUGGCCAAGCUUUAAUUCUGCCAUUGCCGACCAUGGGAUAAACCAACAAAUGGCCAUCAUUAACACUUACUUCUCCCUGGCUGCCAGCGUACUCACUGCCUAUGCUGUUUCCAGCCUUGUUGAACACAAAGGCAAAUUGGAUAUGGUCCAUAUCCAGAAUGCUACCUUGGCCGGGGGAGUGGCAGUCGGUACCUGCGCUGAUAUGAACAUUGGGCCUUUUGGAGCCAUGAUCAUCGGAUUCACAGCUGGAAUCAUUUCAACCAUCGGCUUCAAGUACCUGACUCCAUUCUUGUCAGCAAAGUUGCACAUACAAGAUACGUGUGGGGUGCACAACCUGCAUGGCUUGCCCGGAAUCCUAGGAGGACUCGCAGGAAUAGUGGCUGCAGCAAUCGGAGCUAAAGAAGGCUGCAGUCCAGUUAUGCAAGGAGCCGCCCUGGCUGCGACACUUGGAAUCUCUGUGGUUGGAGGAACUCUCACAGGAUUUAUCCUAAAGCUGCCAUUCUGGGGCCAGCCUCCUGACCCAAAUUGCUAUGAUGAUUCCAUUUAUUGGGAGGUCCCCCUAGAGGAGCCUGAACAGGAACAUCAAUACCAGGAUGAACAUGGGAAAAUUAAAUCAGAUGCUUAAACAGCACACACCUGCCUGCCCCCCACCCAUCAUUUUUUUAUUAAUAAACUGCACCACUUAACCUCCAUUCUAUGAAUUGCAAAUGAGGCCCCAUCAGCUUUAUAAAGACCCAUGACCAUAGUUCAAUAUAAUGAAAUAGCAGACCUGCUGGGGCAACCAAUGAAAGCACAUGUUUGCUGCUGUCAACCAAUGACAAAGCAGACUUUAUUGAUGUACGUGGCACCCCAUCCCUACUCAUGGCUCAUCAUUUACGCCAUGAUAUGGUCAUGGUCACUCUUCCUACAUGCUUCAAGAAAGCCUAUAAUAUCUUUUCUUCUGUGCUAUUCUUAUAGUUACUGCUGUUCUGUACCAGGGUGGGGUUUCGGCUGUAAAAAAUAUUUUUUUACUGCAUAAACUAGCUUCAAAAAAAGUUUUAGUUCCUAGGCAAGAAGAACGCAAUGAUCCUGCAACGUCAGUACCUGGAAGUGUAUGGAGACGUGUUCUUCUGAACAUUAGCAUUCUUCUAUUAACUUCACUAUUAACUUCAUUAUUAACUUGACUAUCUAUGUUUCUGGAGAAGCUGUGAAUGUUGGGGUAUAAUGUUGUUUCAAAAUGGUGCCACCUUUUUUAUUGGCAAUCACUGGCCCAAAGGGGUAAACUUAGGAUAAACGUCCACAUCCACAUAGAUCAGGGUAACGUUACAUAAGGGGCUUUGUAGGAAACACCAAAGGGCACAUUUAGUAAUCCACGAACGUCCGAAAAGCGUCCAAAUGCGUUUUUUCGUAAUGAUCGGUAUUUUGCGACUUUUUCGAGCGCUCAAUACGAAAGUCGCGACAAUUCGUGAAAGUCGUACUGGCUAUGAAAAAGUCGCGACAAUUCACGAAAUUUGUAAUGGCAAUGAAAAAGUCGUGACAAUUCGCGCAAGUCGUAACGGCUACGAAAAAGUCGCAAAAAAUACGAAAAAGUCGCAAAAUGUUCAUUUUCCAAUCCGAAUUUUUCCCAUUCGGAUUCGUGGAUUAGUAAAUCAGCCCCUAGGUGUUGUGGAUCAUUGAGCAUUGUGUCCUGUUGAUAAGGGGAAGAUUUAUCAAUGUUCGAGUUUCAUUUUUUUCCACAAUUUUGUGCUGAAAAAACUUGAAUUCGAGUAUUUAUUAAUAGUGAUGAGCGAAUUUUUUCGGCAGGGAUGGAUUCUCCGUGAAUUUCCGCAUUUCACCAUUGGCGAAUUGUUUUGCGAACCUUCAGCGAAAAUCCACCCCCGAUAAAAUUUGUCUUGUGCUAAAAAAAGCUGUGUUUGGCGUGGUCAUGUAAAAAUGGGUGCGACCGCAUCAAAACAGGUGCAGUCGCGUCAAAAAAAGACGUGUGCAACUAAAAAAUUCACUUGACAAACGCCUUUCGCAGAUUUUUUUGCUGUAUUUUCCUAGCGAAACAGGACAGAUUCGCUCAUCACUAUUUAGUGCGAAAAACCCCAAAAACUUGAAUGUAAAAAUCUAAAAGCUUCCAAGUUUCUGUAGAAGUCAAUGGGAGUUGUCCCAGGCAAAGUCAAGCCACAUUUUCAAUUCAAAAUAUUCAAGUUUUCAACUUUUAUUUGAGUUUGCGGGCUCGAAAAGUCGAGAUAUUUGAGUUUUUUUAAUUGCAGGAGUUUACCACAUUAAUAUAUAUAUUCGCAUAUAAUAAUAUGUACUCGAAUUCACAAACUCAAAACUUGAUAAAUAAUCAACAACAGAAAGCGGAAAAUGCCAAAUAAAUUAGGAAUAUUAGAAAUAAUAUUUCUGUCUGUGUUCUAGGGGGGAACGUCUUUAAUCAAAAACUCAUUAUAUCAAAAUGUUAUGUUGCACCACCAAGCUAUACAGUGGGGCUCAUUUAUUAACACUGGGCAAAUUUUCCCAUGGGCAGUAACCCAUAGCAACCAAUCAGUGAUUUCCUUUUUUCAGCCAGCUGCAUGUAUAACAAUGAAUGAAACAAUUCUAUUGGUUGCUAUAGGUUACUGCCCAUGGGCAAAUUUGCCCAUUGUUAAUAAAUGAGCCCCAGUGUUUUUGUUUGAUUUCAUUUUAUUUCCAUUGAACUGCAACUGCCUGUUUUGUGUUUUUAUAUGACAGCAAGAGAAUUUAUAGUAAAAUGGAUUUCUACUGCACAACAGCGUUUGCUGACCCAAUAACCCGCUAUGGCUCUGUCUAUAACUUUUGUGUAACCAAACAGCAUUCAUUGUGUCUAAUAUUUAGCCGAAGUUGCACAGUGGGGCAAAAAAUGUUUGUUUUGUGCAAAUUAAAGUAAAAUGGCUUCAUUUACCAAAUGUGAA